AACAGCUUCCAAAUCCCUUCAAUUCAUCUCUCUGCACUUCACGCUGAAGUCGCCUCCCUCCUCUCUCAACAUGACUCAGUUGAAUAUUCCCUCUUUACUCCAUUAAAUGUUGUGAGAACAUCUUGCAAUUUUUUUCGAAAGAAAUCUCAGAAUGGAGUUGGAUGAACUGGAUUGCACCUAUAGUCAUGUUCCAACCGGGUAUGUUAGUGAUAUAGAAGAUGAUAAUGAAAGUGAUUUGCAAGAACUCAGUGAUGAUGAGCAAAGUGAUGAUGAGCAAACUGGGGGGAAGAAGGCUCUGCAGAAGGUAAUGAAAUUCUCAAUGACAGAAAUAGUGAUGGGGUGCAAGAAAGAGGAGAAAUACAUUUUAAGCUAGGUAUGACAUUUGGUAAUGCAAAAGAAGCUAGAAGUGCUAUAGCUAACUACUCUGUUGCAGCGGGGAUUAAAUUCAAAAUAGACCGGAAUGAACCUCAAAGAACUAGGACUGCAUAUAGUUCAACCAAACCUGCAUCUGUUAAGCCUAAAUCCGUAUCUGUAGUUUCAGCCCUAAGGGUCAUCAUGCGACCUCUUCUGCAAAUGCAAGUGAAUCUUUGAGCAUACCUAGUUCUUACACACCAGUGGAAUCAAUGGGAUAUGGCUGUUUUGUGGAUGAAAAUAUGGGCAGAACGGUGCUCAAUCCUGGAAUGGAAUCCGAGAGAAUUACUGUAGGUGGUUCGUCACAAAUGGAGAUCGAUCCUGAUGCUCAGACCAAAAUGGCGAUACCGUGUGAAAGAACAUUACGAAAAAAAAUCCCUUUUAAAAGAGCAAGUGAAAUCACAAGGAAUAUUCGAUUUUAUGGAGAUGGAUAUGACGUUAGGGAACCAUCAUCACUACCUUUUCAGCCUUCUGGUUUGAAUUGGGGAGGAAAUCCGGCAAUUACAUCAAGACAACUUGAAACACAACGAGAUAUAAUUGCCAACGAGCAUGCUGGAUGGGGAGACAUUUUCCACGGAUAAUGUAGUUUUAAAGGCUGGAUUAUUUCUUUUGCACCAACUGAGCAUAUUGAUGCUAUAGUUUUGUAUCAAUCAUUAUUCCCGAGAUGAUUUAGAACAUACUUAUAAUACUCUUUUUCAUAAAGGUGGUAUUUGUUUUUUGGGGCUGACAGAAGUUCUCUUUUUUAUGAUAAAGGUGGUAUUUGUUUUUUGGGGCCAACGAAUGUUCUUAUGGAUGAAUAUAUGUGUUGAUUUUAGAAUUAAA